AUAAGAAAAUAUACUGACAACAAGGAGGUGCAAAUAGCACAGGGUCUGUCACUCUGACAGCUUAAAAUAGCUCCUCUUUGCGAGUGUGUGCGCAUGUGAGCAGUUGCUGGAGCAGCAGGUGUCCGCUGAGGCUGAUUUAUACCCCUCGUAGAAGUACUCUGUCAAAAAUCUCAGUCAUUUGAGAGCCGGUGUCGGGGAGUGGGGGGGGAGAAAACGGCUGGUGAAAAGGUCCGAUUUGUGACUGACACCUGUGUUACAAUCUGAAUGAUCGUUCUUUGCGUGUUGCGCGUCUGCCUGUUAAGAUCGGCUGCCCUAUAGGAAUUCUGUCAUUUUCCAGUCGUAAACAAACGAGAAGUGCAGACUGGUUAUCGGAUCUGUUUCUUUACUGAGAGGAUGAAGAGAUGAUGCCUGAGUCCUGUUGAUGGCCGCGAAACUCCCAGACACACGUCUGCACAGACACUAACGGCUUUCUUCGGCGAGAGCUAGUAACCGUCUCGGGCUGGAUCUGUAUGGAUGGGAAUGGGGAAGCCAGCUGCCGGUAAUAGGGACACACAGCUGUCGUGGAAGUGGGUUAUCAUUGGAACACUCCUGCUUGAUCACGUGUGCCGUUCCCAAGCCGCUGCCCAAUGUCGAAUCCUGAGGUGCAACUCGGACUUUGUAGCUGCUCUCGGGCCUGACGGAGGCCGAGAGGGAGGCAGCGCGGGUUACUGCAGCGCCCUGCGCUCCUACGCCCUGUGCACCCGUCGGACGGCGCGGGCGUGUCGGGGUGACCUGGCCUACCACUCGGCCGUGCAGGGCAUCGAGGACCUCCUCAUGCAGCACAACUGCCCCAGGAGUGGCCCCACCGCUCAACCCCGCCCCCCGCCGCAGUCGCCUCUGUCUGGGGACGCCUGCCUCUACGAGAGGACCUUCCGGCUGCGGGAAGGCCGCCCCCCUGAGUACCUGCACUGCGGCGUGUUUGGGGACCCGCACGUGCGCACCUUCCUGGAUGACUUCCAGACCUGCGCUGUGCAAGGCGCCUGGCCCUUGAUGGAUAACGAGUUCCUGUAUGUCCAGGCCACCAGCGUCCCCAUGGCAGGCAGGAUGUACGCCACAGCGCUCACUAAGAUCACCAUCAUCUUCAAGAACUGGCGCGAGUGCAUCGAGCAGCAGAUCUACCAGGCUGAGCUGGACAAUGUGCCGCUGGCCUUCAUGGACGGCUCGGUGAGCGAUGGUGAGCGCCUGGGUCACCACAGCCUGCAGGUGAGCAGCCUGGACCCCGGGCGUCACGCUGAGAUCUGGGCCGCCCACAUCGGAACCACCCUGGUGGUCAGGCAGAGCGGGCGCUCGCUGGGCCUGUCAGUGCGCGCCCCCCUGGCCAUCGUAAACUCCUUCACGUCAGAGCAGGACCUGCAGCUGUGUGUCUGGGGCUGUCCCACUUCCCAGCGGCUCCCGGCCCCCCAGCUCUCUGCACCCGGAGCCGCACAUGCCCACUGCUCCGCCCUCCUCCCCAAACAGGAUAUAUACUUCCAGGCGUGCUUGUUCGACCUCCUGGUGACCGGUGACCUUAACGCGAGUGCCGCUGCUGUGGCUGCGCUGGAGGACGCCCGCAGCAUGAUCUCAAACCCUGAGAAGGUGCAUCUGCUCCUCGGUGGGGCUGACAGACACCGGAGUCCCAUUUCAGUGACUCUCACUCUGGCUGUUUUCAUGGGGAACAUGGUAACUCUGCUGUCUUUGCGUUGUGCAUAAUCUCCCACUAAACCAAAUUCACUUGCUAGCAGAGGGUUUUUCCUCCACCACUUUCUGCCAACAAGAGAUUUCAUCAAAGCUAUUUUUGUUGUUCUUCUUCUUUGCAUUUGUAUUAUUUAUUAAUAUUAAUAUUAUUGUUACUUGCAGUCAGCUUAGUGUGAGGCAUCUCAGUCAGGGUGCUCCACUGCUCUACACUGCCAGUGUGAGGCAUCUCAGUCAGGGUGCUCCACUGCUCUACACUGCCAGUGUGAGGCAUCUCAGUCAGGGUGCUCCACUGUUACACUGCCAAAGAUCUGUUCCUGCCCCCCCCCCCCUACUAGUUAAAUGGUUGGAAGAUGGAUGGAUCAAUCUACUCUGGUCCUGUUAAAAAAACUUGAGAAUUGCAGAUUUGCCUGCAGUCCCUUGGGAACAGCAGAGAGCUUGUGCAAGAAAAGGAGACGCAGAAGAAACAGGAGUUUGCUCAAGCUCCCUAAGAAAAGUCCACGAGGUCUCAACUGUAGUUUCUGUGUCGCGUACAGUACUGUGCAAAAGUCUUAGGCAGUCCAAAGAAAUGUUUAAAGCUGUAAAAAUGUUUAAAGCUGAGUAGCAAGUGUACUUUGGCUUAGAACAAAAAACAUAGUUUAACAUUAGAA